AUGAUCACGAGGCGGCUGCCCGAGUUCCCAAAGCGGAUCCUCCAGACGAAUCUCCUCCCCUGCGACUGCGGGCCCAGCUCCACCGCUUUUCCGAGUGCGCCAUCCUCGCCCGUUCAAGAAGCUCACCUGGAAGCAGGAUGUGGCGGUGCUGCUGGUUCCCUCUCCUCGCUGUUUCCCUCUCCCGAGCAUCGUGCUGGGCUCCUUGGGCCAGGCGGCUUUCCGAGGUGGCCCGCAGCGGCCCGGGAUGCGUUCGGCGGGACAUGUCAGCCCGCGGCCGCACGAGGAAGGCGCACCCCACCCCCACCGCCUGCUGCCUCCGUACCCCGCCGACGCCGCUACGUCUUUGACGUCUUCCGGGACUGUUUCGUCACCGGCGCGCUGACGUCGCCGCCCUUCUCCCCGCCCCUCAGAAUGGCCGCCCCGCUCCCCGCAGAUCAGCCCGACGCCAAGAAGGUGGCUCCUCAGAACGAUGCCUUUGGAGGCCAACUACCACCAAUGCAUCAGCAACAAAGGUCGGUAAUGACAGAAGAAUACAAAGUUCCAGAUGGAAUGGUUGGAUUCAUAAUUGGCAGAGGUGGCGAGCAGAUCUCACGCAUACAACAGGAAUCUGGAUGCAAAAUACAGAUCGCUCCAGAUAGUGGCGGCCUGCCUGAAAGGUCAUGCAUGUUAACCGGGACUCCUGAAUCUGUUCAGUCAGCCAAGCGGUUACUUGACCAGAUUGUUGAAAAGGGAAGGCCAGCACCUGGCUUUCAUCAUGGAGACGGACCAGGCAAUGCAGUCCAGGAAAUAAUGAUCCCAGCCAGCAAGGCUGGACUCGUUAUCGGCAAAGGCGGAGAGACUAUCAAGCAGCUCCAGGAGCGAGCCGGUGUGAAAAUGGUGAUGAUUCAGGACGGGCCCCAGAACACCGGCGCUGACAAGCCACUCCGGAUCACAGGCGACCCCUACAAAGUCCAACAAGCCAAGGAGAUGGUCUUGGAGUUAAUCCGCGAUCAAGGUGGCUUCAGGGAGGUGCGCAAUGAGUACGGGUCAAGAAUAGGAGGCAAUGAAGGCAUCGACGUCCCAAUACCGAGAUUUGCUGUGGGAAUUGUAAUAGGAAGAAAUGGAGAAAUGAUUAAAAAGAUACAGAAUGAUGCCGGAGUUCGGAUUCAGUUCAAACCAGAUGACGGGACGACACCAGAUCGAAUAGCACAGAUUACAGGCCCUCCAGACAGAUGUCAGCAUGCUGCAGAAAUUAUCACAGACCUCCUGCGAAGUGUUCAGGCUGGUAACCCUGGUGGACCAGGACCUGGCGGUCGAGGAAGAGGCAGGGGCCAAGGCAACUGGAGCAUGGGGCCGCCUGGUGGACUGCAGGAAUUUAACUUCAUCGUUCCAACUGGGAAAACUGGAUUAAUCAUAGGAAAAGGUGGAGAAACUAUCAAAAGCAUAAGCCAACAGUCUGGUGCUAGAAUAGAACUUCAGAGAAAUCCUCCACCUAAUGCCGACCCCAACAUGAAGCUAUUUACAAUACGUGGAACUCCACAGCAGAUCGAUUAUGCCAGGCAGCUCAUAGAGGACAAGAUUGGUGGUUCAGUGAAUCCCUUAGGUCCACCUGUUCCCCAUGGGCCUCAUGGUGUUCCAGGCCCCCAUGGGCCUCCAGGGCCUCCAGGGCCUGGAAAUCCAAUGGGGCCCUACAAUCCUGCACCUUAUAAUCCAGGUCCCCCAGGCCCUGCUCCUCAUGGCCCUCCAGCUCCAUACGCUCCCCAAGGCUGGGGAAAUGCCUAUCCUCACUGGCAGCAGCAGAACCCGCCUGACCCAGCAAAAACAGGUACAGACCCAAAUUCUGCUGCUUGGGCUGCUUAUUAUGCUCAUUAUUACCAGCAGCAAGCCCAGCCACCCCCGGCAGCUCCAACAGGUGCACCAACUACAACUCAGACUAAUGGACAAGGAGAUCAGCAAAAUCCAGCUCCAACUGGGCAGGUUGAUUAUACCAAGGCUUGGGAAGAGUACUACAAGAAAAUGGGUCAACAAGGGCAGACACCAGAUUAUUCAAAGGCUUGGGAGGAAUAUUACAAGAAGCAAGGUCAAGCCGUUCCCGCUCCCACUGGGGCCCCCCCGGGCGGCCAGCCCGAUUACAGCGCGGCCUGGGCGGAAUACUACCGACAGCAGGCCGCAUACUAUGCCCAGACCAGCCCCCAAGGGAUGCCACAGCACCCACCAGCCCCACAGGGCCAAUAAUAAGAAGUGGACAAAACAGUAUUUGCUUCAUUGUGUGGGGGAAAAAUCCCUUUGUUAAAUGUAUGGAUGCAGACGCCUUGAUGAAGAUCUUAAUUUUGUUUUGGUUUCAAAAGAAAUAGUGUUUUUGGAAAAUGUACAAACUAUCUAUCACUACUGAUAGGAGGGAAUAUUUCUGUGUAGAAAUGAACAUUGGUUUGUUUUUAGUAUACUAGUGUAGAUGUACACAUUCCAGCAAAUGUAUUUGCAACUAUUAUGUGGUCGAUGCUUUGUGAUAUAAAUGUACUUUUCAAUGUAUACUUUCACUUUUAAAAUGCCUGUUUUGUGCUUUACAAUAAAUCAUAUGAAACCUC